AUGAGUGACUCGCAGAACUGGUCGUCCUUCGAGGAUCCUAUCACGCCUAAGCGUCCGACUGAAGCAAUCGAGUCGACCGAGAAUCCAAAAGCUUGUAGUGAUGAGUACAAUAAAGGAUUAAGCGCUCUGGUUGAACCCGUAGCCCUGCAGAAUUUGCGCAACCGUCUCAUAUUCGGCAGUUUGGUUGGCUUUGUCACAGGUGCCACUUUUGGAGGCAUUGAUGGUGCUAGAAUUUACAUGAAAAAGCAAGGGCGUUUAUCGUCUGAUGCUUUAAGCUCAGUCGCACGUGGAGCUGCCACGACAGGAGGAGCCUUCUCUGGAUUCUUUUUUCUGUACUGCGGCAUCAAGACCGCUGUGGCGACGCAGCGGAAGGAUAAUUUGACCAGUGCAGGAUUUUCCAUGGUCGCCGCGGGGAUACCGUUCAUCCGUUCUGCGGUUUUUAAGCGAAAUAUCCCAUAUGCGCUCAUGCUGGUUGCACUUGAUCAUUUUCAUGAAGAAAUUAGUGAAUUCCGUAAAUAA